AUGGACUUUAUCAGUGCAUUAAAUAAUCUUCAAAAUCGUUUAUUCAGUUUGAAAACUGUUCAAUUACCUAAAAGAAAACAAUUUACAUUAAAAGAUAUAUCCGCGCAUUGUAUGGAAAAUGAUUGUUGGAUGGUCAUUAAAGAUCUUGUUUAUGACGUAACUGAAUUUAUGCGAGAGCAUCCUGGUGGUUCGGAUAUAAUGCUUGAAUAUGCAGGCACUGAUGCUACAAUGGCAUUUGCUGAUAAACCACAUAGUUUAGAUGCAUGGAUGAUAUUAGAAAAAUAUAUUAUUGGUGAAUUGGUACCAGAAGAAAGGAUGUUUGAUAAUGUUAUUUCAACUUAA